GAGUCAGUCUAUUGGAGGAGGGAAGGAUGCUCUAUGAGCGGAGAGGGAUCAGGCACCUCUCCAUGAAAAAUAUCCCGUUAUGUCUGGAUGUCAUGGGAGAAAAACUUUUCUUAGAUCCGCACCUGAUUUGCAAUCGAGUAUGUCAACUCCAGCGGAUAUUUAAUUAACUAAGGGCCUUGCAAGAUUCUCCUCGCCCACGGUGCCAAGGCGCGGACCGGUUCUUCUCCAAUCGCCUCGGCCAAAAACAUGAGUUUGUCUGAAUGGAGGCUGUGACGCGUGCAGCUGCUCUGACGGCGCAAAGCCGAGGAUGGCGCGUGCUUUCUCUGUGCUUGAUAACGCUGGUCUCCAUGGCGACCUCAUACCUCCCAGCUCAAGAUUGGUCUUUGUCGGAUUCCAGCACAGCAAAGCAAUCUCUGAUGGAAUUGACACAUUAUACAGCUUCACCCACCACCUUACUAUAUACAUCCUCUGAAGCCCUGGGAAGGUCCAGUGACAUCCAUAGGACUUUAUCCAUCUUGCCUAGCACUCACACACCCAAAGCCUCAGAGUCCUACUAUAGUCACACCAUCAACAGUGUAUACGCCUCAGCACUGAUGCCCCCUCCAAGUUAUAUCCCUAAUCCAGAACCUCUCUCUGGUCCUGCAGUACAUUCAGGCAUCCAGCUGUCACAGACUUCAUCAAAUGUCUCUUCAGCUGGGCUGGAAUCUUUUGCAGAACCACCAUUUGCACCACCUGAAUUACAAGCAGAAGGACUUAGCAAUAAUGACACUACAUAUGGAACCCAAGAACAACUUUCUAAUCAUUUAGUCCCUAGUCAUGACUUAAAUGUCCAAAAUGAUGCCACCCUAGAUGAUCAUCAGUUAUAUCCAAGUCAUGCCAUUUUUGGAAAUUAUCAUGUGACCACAUCGUUCAUAGAACCAACGAUGGGUCCACCAGAGGUCUACUUCCCAACAAACACUAUGGAUGUAGACUAUGGUUCUGGUUCUGGUGAUUACCUGGAAACAAUGUCCUACAUGGGAUCUGAGGCAGACGACUAUUCUUUGGUGACCAAUUUACCCUCUGACAUGUACGACUUUGAGGACUCAAACUCUGAAUCUUAUGAUACAUCUUUUCCUACAAGGGCAAUGAUUCCUUUGUCCACAAGAUACCUUUCUCCCAGUCCCUCUAAAACUGUCCCUGAUAGACAUGUUACCACAAAUCUUAACAUGGCCUUCAGUACUACCCAAAAUUCAUCUGGUACUCUCCCAGUAACCAGUAGCAAAAUGACAAUAUCUCAAAGUGUAACACCUACCUUAAGCAGUGUUCCCAACAGUAUUCCAACCCAAGUAACAUUUUCCAGCACUAUUCACGUGGGUGUCCAAGCCAUCCAUCCUACAGCAGUGCAUUCCAGUGCCUCGGCAGAUCAGAGCAACAUACUCAGUGAAACUUCAGAGUCAUAUUCUAGCUGGCCUGACGUUACCAUUGAGCCCAGUGAUGUUCUUCUGCCUGAUAUGAAUAGUCUGGAGUACUACAAUAUUCAACUCACUAAGAAUAAUGAAAGCUUGACAGAACAACGGGGCAACCAGACCACUUCCAAAUAUUUCUCCCUUCCCCUGUCAGUAAGCACUACCAGCACCUACACUGUUCCACCCAGUCCCAUGUUAACAGCAAUGUAUGGAGAGGACCUGCAGCCCAUGGACAACAACUCCUGGCCUGAAGAAUCUUCUACAGACAUCUCAGGAUUUGAAUUGUCCAACACUACUAAUUUGGAUUUGUCAGACAUAAGACCUAGUCUAACAAAUAGUACGUUUCCUUUUUUGUACUCUUCAGCGUUAACACCUUCUGUGGACUUUUCAUCUUCCCUGUGGGAUCUGGCCACAACUCCUGACUGGAUUAACACGGAAUCUGUCUCCUCCACCAUAGCCAGCAGCACCUCCCCAUCAGUGUUUUUCCCACCCUCUGAUUCAGAGGAACAUGACGUCAUAUACUCGACUUCCACAAACACCUACUGGUCUAUCAACUCCACUUUGCCAGAGACCUCACUCCCUACUACUUCACUCUUCAGUAAUGUGUUCACCCAGACAUAUAACGCCUCUACAGCACCCACUGACUCAACCCUCAACAGCACCUCUGCCCUUCCUGUGACCGAAAUGGCUGACCAGGGGUUCACAGGAUCCGAGAGCCCUUUCAAUGAGGUUACAGAUGAAGGAAUCGUAACAACAAUCAGCAAGCCAGGAGUCUCUACCAUUUCAGUAUUAUACAAUGAGACAAUUGUGACUACUCCGAGUCCAACAACUGAGGUGUUUAAUACUACAACUCUGACUACAACCCCUUCAGUGACAACCCAGCCUUCUACUGUUCAGACUACCACUGUCCGAGAGUAUCUCUGCAACAUUACUAAACCUGAUACCUACUUAGUGCGAGUCGGUUUUCCACUCGGCUCCACCGCUGGUUACGCAAAAGCAAAAGUCAGAGAGAUCCUCAAAGCUGAAUUCAAUCGAUCGGUUGAACUGCAGGUGGUGAAAUCCCCUCCAGACUUUGUGUUUCGGGCUGUGUCUGGUCCUGUUGUCUACACAGCCAUAUCAGUAAUGAACGCUCUGAGACGGUAUACAUACACGUCUGACACCAUUCUCAGUGUUUCCCCAAUCAGUCCUGAGCCAGGCCUACAGUACUGCAUCCAUUCAGUGCUUCAGUUUGUGCCCAUUCACAUAGACAUGCAUGUGUGCACGUUUAUCGAACACAUCGAAAGAGGCCUGAUUCACGCUUUCUCUGAAGUGCGCCGUCGCUUAAAGGAGUCUACGGACUUUACCGUACACAUAUUGAACAUCACCAUGAGCUCUGUAGGACCAACGCAGAGGCAGCUUCAUGGCCCGGUGGACAUUACAUUCGUGGUACGUGAUACUCAAGGGUACGUACUAGGGUCAGAGGUCAGCAGUCGGCUGAGACGUCUGAGCGUGGUGGAGUUUAGCUACUACCUGGGAUACCCUGUUCAGCAGAUCGCAGAACCAUUUCACUACCCAGAGCUGAACACCUCACAGUUGUUGCGCUCUUCAUGGGUGAGGACAGUGUUGCUGGGCGUGAUGGAUCAGGAUGUGAGUGAUAGGAUUUUCCAGGCAAAGAUGGAGAGGAGACUAGCCCUGCUGCUUGGAGAGGGGCUCUCUGCAGGCCGACGCCUUAAAAGAGCCACCAGUGUGGGCAACAACAGCGUACAGAUUGUGCAGGUCACACGCCUAGCAGAACCAGAUGACCCUCUGGAGAUGAUCUACUUUGUGGAAGGUGCUAAUGGUGAAAGGUUGCCUGCUGUCACCACCGCAAACUUCCUCAACAGGCUGGACGUACAGCAUGCGGCCAUCUUGCUGGGAUACCGUAUCCAGGGUGUUCUGGCGCAACCUGUGGAGAAGCAGGCGUCUGUGCCAACUGAGACAGAGAAUACUAACACAUGGAUUAUAGUAGGAGUGGUGGUGCCUGUGCUGGUGGUGAUGAUCAUCAUAAGCAUACUGUACUGGAAACUGUGCCGCACGGACAAACUGGAGUUUCAGCCAGACACCAUGAGCACUGUCCAACAGAGGCAGAAGCUGCAGACUCCCAGUGUUAAGGGCUUCGACUUUGCCAAGCUACACCUGGGCCAGCACAGUAAGGAUGACCUCAGAGUGAUCCAGGAACCGUUACCGGCACCAGCGCCAGCUAAAGACCCGAGCGGCAACGAGAACACCGAAGCCUCCACGCCCAAAUCCAAAGGCUCCUCAACCAAGGCCUCUCGUAACAGCCAGCACAGGAGGGGACAGAUCUCGCCUUCCGAUGGCGAUUCUCUGGGAAGCGAGCCAUUCAGUGAGAGGGAAUCACCGAAGGCGAACCCGAGACAGACAGGACUGUCCAGUGAUCCAAAGCAACCUCGUAAGAUGGCCCCUAAUGGAUUAAACGGUCCUCCUCCACUGAAUGGUGCAGAUGAGCAGGUAUCAUCAGCCUCCAUUUUUGAGCACGUGGACCGGAUGUCCCGCUCGACAGACGGCGCCAACAAGCGCUUCUCCAGCAAGAUCCAGCUGAUUGCCAUGCAGCCCAUGCCUGCUCUGCCCUUACCCUGCCCUGCGGUCGACACCAAGGCUGGUGACAACGCCAAGAUGAACAAGGAGAUUCAGGUUGCUCUGAGGCAAAAGUCUGAGAUCGAACACCAUCGCAAUAAGAUCCGUCUCAGGGCUAAGAGGAAGGGCCACUAUGACUUCCCCGCCAUGGAUGAUCUCAUGGACAGCCUGGGGGAUGCCAAAGAGCAGGACCGCAUCUACCAGAAGGCUCAAAUGCAGAUUGAUAAGAUCUUGGACCCGGAUAGCCGUGUGCCCCCCCUUUACACUGAGCCCAAGAAAAGUGGCAGAGAAAAGCGUUCUCCCAAGCAGAGAAAGAAGCAGCAGAUGAACGGAGAUCUGACAGACGCAGACAGAGACAGACUUAUCACUAAUGAGAGUGACAGCACAUACAAGAAAUACCCAGGAGUCAACAAUGUAGCAUAUGUGUCGGAUCCUGAUCAGGGCCCUGAAGCCCAAAGUCCAUCCCCAACUGAUGACGUCUUUCUGAGCUCAAUGUCGCCCUCAGGAGCUCCUCCACCCUAUCUGCCCCCUCAGCCCUCUAUAGAGGAGGCCCGGCAGCAAAUGCACUCACUGCUUGAUGAUGCUUUUGCCCUAGUGUCCCCCUCUUCACAGGCCUCCAAUGCAGGCAUCACGCUGCCCGGGAUGGGUGUAAGGAGUGAACAUACAGCUCUUUCCAGCCCUCCAUCACGUGGCCCACGACCCUGCGGGCCUUCAUACCCUGCGGUCAGCCCCUUCUCCGGGAGAUAUUCUGAUUUGGGCCUGUCACCUACGACAGUACAAGGCUUAAUGCACAGGCCGGGUAUGGGAUGUGGUUACCCUCAAGGAGAAGGAGUUGGUGGAGAGCAGCUGCAGACGGAGGGGCUCUACAACAGCAGAGGGGGCUAUAUGGAGGAACCGCCUUCAUCUGCCAGGCCUCGGCCAGUAGGGGGCACAGCAGGUGCGCAGCUACACCACAUGACACAGGUGGGUUUGUCAGGCCGUGUGAACGAGGGCAGGCAACCUGGUGCCUUAAACUGGGGGCCUUAUCAUGAAGAGGACUUCAGACCUGUGAACAGAGAUCCUGUUCUCAACUCUUUCGACUACCCCCUGGUCUCUGUGUUCCAGACCCCCAGGAGCGGAAUGAGAGAGCCGUCCGCCCCCCCUGCCCACCUGGACUCAAUGGGCCUGGGUUUCUCUCCGUCUGCUCCUCCCGAGGAGUCCAUUCCUCCCAGCCAUUCCUCCGCCUCGCUCAUCAAAGCCAUCCGCGAGGAGUUGAUGCGCCUUUCCCAGAACCAAGCAGCCCCCGCAGGCUACCACAGCUGAGACCUGCUUCCUCCUGACACUCGGCCAGCAAUACUGCACUGUACUUCCUAUGGAAGUGGUUUUUGAGUAGGAAGCCCAAAGAAGAAGUGUGCUAGAAAAAGAGGAACUUGACUCUGACAUGACUACUUCACUGGCAGCCAAAGCUUUACCUGAUGUCAGUGCUAAGCAUUAUAUCUGAGUGAAAAGGCCAUCACUUAGACCCUUUAAUAUCCCCAACCUGACCCCCUUUUUAGCACAGAUGAACAAACAUGCACUGUAUAGCGAUUGUUAAACAACACUGUCUUUGAUUCAGUACUGGUACCUUUUUUUUUUUCUUCUUCUUCUUCUUGUAAUGGUUUAAUUGGUUAUUACACUGAAAGCGUUUACCUUACUUAACUGAGGUGUCAUGGCAACCCAGUAUUCGUGGUAGCAAUUAACUAUUGUACUGUUUUUGCGAUGACUGGGAAGACGACAGCCGAAACCUCACCACCACACAUUCCUUAAGACUUCUGCUCUCAGAACUGAUAGAGUACUGUGUUGUCGUUUGUUUUCUCACUACCUUCGCAUUACAAUGCAAAUAAUCUUUCACAGUCUUUCACAAAGCAUUUGAUUGAGUGGAUUUUCCUCACUGAAAAGCAUAUGGUUUGCUCUUUGUUAGUUUUUACCAGCAGCUGUUGCUUUACUGUGCACUAUUUUUUUCUAGAUUUGUAGUAACAGUAGUAAUAGGUUUUUUUUCUUUUUCUUCUAAUAAGCUUUUGCUUUUCUCCAUCCUGCUGUGGUGCUACUGUUCUUUUGUUGUUAUCGUUGUUGUUUUAAAUUCAGCUUUGUUUUCUGCCCAUAAACCACACAUUGCCUUCCGCUGUAAAGAAAAAGAGUUCCCUUACCCGUUCGAAAAUCUCAGCAUAUAUGCAUGGACUUCUGAAUGUUUCAGUUGUGUAACUACAAACCCCACAAAACAGUCCCUUCAGGAUUUUGUGAAUUUUGCCAAACAAAAUCCAGUAAAUUCCACAAUAUUCAAAAGGAGCUUGCGAUUUUUCCUAAAUUUGCUACAGAUUAUCUGCAGAUCCGUGCUGAGACCUGCCGUGUGACGUCAUCACAACACGGAUUCACAUGCGUCAAACAUGAAUACGCCGAUCAUAGAAAGUAAUUACAUAUCUCUUUUUACUGGUAGGAGUUUAAAAGGAGAAUCCUCUGCUUGCACUUUUAUCAUGUAUUUUCCCUGCACCAAAAAACGUGCAAUUAUUUUCACAAAUAUUGCAAAAAAAGUCACAGCAAAAUCACUACGUGAAAUCCUGGCGGGACUGCGCAGCUAUAAUAUUCUCUAGAUAGUCAGUUUUUGCAGAGUAUAAGGUCUGUUGUUCCUUUCCUGUACAGCUUUUAUUUCACGUAAAGUUUCUACCAUGCAUCGUCUCAUAUUUCCAUUUUCACUACCAUAGUCCUACUAAUAUCCUGUCAAGUUUGCAAAACAUUACAGGCAUGAUGGCGAGAAUUUAUGUCCAGCGUUUAUCUGCGUAAUAAGUCAUCAUUCUGCAGCAUAAAUACGUCAGAAUUGUGAUCCGUAAUCACCACGAGGCCUGAUACAGGUUGCAAAGAAGAACUGUGGUCAUGACAAGCAGCUAAAAUCACUGAACUGAACUGGGUUCAGUUCAGUUCAUACAUUUUGUAGCCUUCUGUGACAGAUUGUUGAUUUUUGCUUGUUUUAAAAACUGUUUUGCUCAAAUGAUAAGCGGUAAAAAUCUACACAUAGUAACAAAUGAACGGGAACGUUGGGCCACACAGGCCUCUGUUACAGCAUCAGUGCAUUGUCACUUGAUUGAAGUCUCUGGGGCUGUACUGGUGAGAUCUUUCAGAAUAUACACCGAUCAGGCAUAACAUUAUGAGCACUGAUAGGUGAAGUGAAUAAGACUGAUGAUCUCCUCAUCAUGGCACCUGUUAGUGGGUGGGAUAUAUUAGGCAGCAAGUGAACAUUUUGUCCUCAAAGUUGAUGUGUUAGAAGCAGGAAAAAUGGACAAGUGUAAGGAUUUGAGCGAGUUUGACGAAGGGCCAAAUUGUGAUGGCUAGAGGACUGGAUCAGAGCAUCUCCAAAACUGCAGCUCUUGUGGGGUGUUCCCAGUCUGCAGGAACACUCUCUCUAUCAAAAGUGGUCCAAUGAAGGAACAGUGGUGAACUAGCGACAUGGUCAUUGGUGGCCAAGGCUCAUUGAUCCACGUGGGGAGUGAAGGCUGGCCCGUGUGAUCCGAUCCAACAGAUGAGCUACUGUUGCUCAAACUGCUGAAGAAGUUAUUGCUGGUUCUGAUAGAAAGGUGUCAGAAUACACAGUGCAUGACGGGUCAGGGCUGUUUUGGCAACAAAAGGGGGACCAACACAAUAUUAGGCAGGUGGUCAUAAUGUUAUGUAUAUAUUCUGGGGUGUUUCCGGUCUGCAGUGGUCAGUAUCUAUCAAAAUUGGUCCAAGGAAGGAACAGUGGUGAACUGGCGACUGGGUCAUGGGCGGCCAAGGCUCACUGAUGCACGUGGGGAGUGAAGGCUGGUCUGUGUGAUCCGAUCGAACAGACGAGCUACUGUUGAUCAAAUUACUGAAUGCUGGUUUUGAUAGAAAGGUGUUAGAAUACACAGUGCGUGACGGGUCAGGGCUAUUUUGGCAGCAACACAAUAUUAGGCAGGUGGUCAUAAUGUUAUGCCUGAUGGGUGUAUUUUGGUGAUGGUAGUGAGCGCUGUCAGAUACAUAACUCCCAUAAGUGUUGAACUGGCUUGAAUGGCCAUAAGAUAUGAUUUGCAUCAUUUUCAUCCUCAUCAAUCUGUUCAGUAAAUGAGGGCGGAGUCAUCCUGGAAGAGACCACUCCCACUAGAUGAUCAUGUAGAACUCUUUCUUCAAAGGUGACCCAAAAAUAAAUGCCCCCGAAAAGCAUAACAGAGCUACAGGGUUUUUUGUAUGUCACUUUGUGAUAUACUGUAUGUUGCAGCACCUGUAAGAGGACAAAAUCCAUAUAAUACAGUACUGUAGUGAAGAGCUUCUUUAUUUUGACUUGAGGAACAAUACACACUAUAACAUUUACAAUUCUUUUGGUUUUUUUUGUGCUCUGAUGUUUACAGUGUUAACGCGCAGUUUUCACUUAGUGCUUUAUUAGUAGCUGAUAUAGUCUUUCAUCAAAUAAGACAGACACGUCCUGUCAGUAGUAUGGAUUCCAACAUUUUCGAGGUCCGAAGUAUUUUCACACUGAUUUUCCGAUUAGUGUUACUGAUUCCGACUGAUGCAGUGCUUGAAACAACCUUCCAUUGAAGUUGUUUUGCAGAAACUAGCAGUAUAUUCCACUACAGUGUAUUUAUUAUUCAGAUAUUUUUUUCCGCCAUCAUGCUGUCACUGAUAAACUGACUGUACGAUUCACCUUCUGUUGUGUUUGAAACCCGUGUAUUAGCUGAGUACCGUAUUCAGCAGUGUUGAGUUGGAGGUCAGUUCAGUCUGUGGUACUAACCAUCACCUCUUUUUUGGAGCUGUUUUGUGCUUGGAAAUGUUUUUUUUUUUAGUUUGUUUGUUUGUUUUGUUUUUUUUUUUAAGAAAAUUUAAAAACAAUGAAAAUUGUACAAAUCCUGUGUUCCAGUGGCGAAACCUAAGUACUGUUUUGACUGGUCCGUUUCUGGAAAAAAAAAAAAAGUUUCUGAAUUGUUUUAUUUGUUGGUUUUCUGCCUUGUAUUUUUGUUUGUUUCAAUGGAAUUCCCUUUAUCUGUAAUUAAGUUUGCUUAUUUAAAUAAAAUUCAAUUUCAUUCAUUUGAA